AAUGAAUGAAUGACUCUCGAGUGGAGCUGCCAGUGGCAGUGAUGCUCUCGCCUCUUUUCAGCGCUGAAAAUUGCGUUAAGUGGAUGUCAUCGUUGGCCAGCGACAAUUUUGAUGAACUCAACAAAAACACUUGACAGCAGAGCCGAAGAUUUUGGAACUGGGGAGCAGCAGGCCAUGCAAUAAACGAAAUUAUGACGCUAAAUUGAACACUAAACGCCCAGUGAGCCGGGGCGAGAGAUAUAUAGUAGAGUCAAAGAAUAGUCCAGGAAAAUACAUCAGUAGUUGAGUUCGGGGGCGAAAAGGGGUUGGACUGGACUGGAAUGGCAGCGGGAUGGGGAUGGGGGAUUCACUUUCAAAAGCAUCAGCAGCAGCAUCCACUCCGCUUCGAACCGUCCACAUUUAACGCGCGAAUGAACAGCAAUCAGCCGAAAUGGGGGAUUCGGCGAAAAAGGGGGCGGGUGAAGGGACUGGUGGGCAUGGCUCUGGACCUGGACCGACCGGGAAUCGGAUGGGCACUCGGACUAUUGCUGGCGUGCCAGCCGCCAGUCCGGAGGGUUCAUUCAACAAUAAAAGUCAUGAUAGACAUGGCAAUACGGAAAUGCUAUUUUUGGGGCUGCCACUGCCUUCACACGGGAAUGGUCCACGUCCGCCCUGCGAGCGGAAGUCGGAUGCCCCAUGCCCCAUCCCCCAUCCCAUCCAGGCAUCGAGUGGCGAGUUGGAGCUGCCGGCUGGGAGCCGAUGGAGCUGUUCGUAAAUUGCCCGCCGCCGCUCACUUUAACUUAAUUAUAUAAUUUGUGAGACAUCAGCGCUAAAAAAGGGAGACAGGCAGACCAACCAAAAA